CUGGAAGCUUUCGACUGUGACGCUGAGGAAAUUACUAACAGUUCGCCAGAGCAGACUUUAGAGAAGAUCUCUGAGGAUAGCGUUGCUAUGGCUAGAGCUGAUUCCUUGAAUCAUUGUAAUGAAUGUGAUGCUAUGGAAGAGUUGAGUAUUGGUACUCCCACAGCUGAACCCCAUUCUGUUCUCGUUUCUUCGGAAAACUCGGAGUUUACCAAUAGGUCCAUGAAUUUGCCAGCCAUGGGCGCUGACUCCAUGUUCUGUAACAGUCUUCCUGCCGAUUGUUCAAAGUGGACGAAAGAACAAAGACAAUAUAUUUUCAUGCAGCUUGUGAACUAUCCUCCUGAGCCUGUUAAGUCAAAUGGAAACUAUAGACACGACACUUCGUCUGACGAAUCUGUUGUCACUUCUCCAUCAAUGGCUGGAGAUCCUGUUGGACAUGUUAAUACUAUUAGCAGAAGACAUCGCACCGCAUACGUAUGGAAUGGCGAACUUCCUCCGAGAAACUACAGUCAUCCAUUAUUUUCCUGUAAGAUUUUCGUUGGGGGUGUUCCUUGGGAUAUUACUGAGGAUGCUCUCAUGGAAGCAUUCAGUGUGUAUGGAGCUUGUCAUGUUGAAUGGCCUGGUAAAGAGCCAAGAUAUUCUCGCUCGCAGAUGAGAGAUUCUCCUAGAGGAAAGGCUACUGGCUAUGUUUACAUGAUUUUCGAAUACGAAACAUCAGUGAAGGCACUGUUGAAAGAUUGCUCACAGGAGUUUGGAUCAGCUGGAGAAUGGUAUUUCAAGCUCAGAGCUAGAAGAAAUCAAACCACUGAGAUAAGACAAGUUCAAAUAAUUCCUUGGGUUGUGUCGGAUGCUUCUUAUGUUGCUGACCCAGGUUGUCGGUUAGAUGCGAAAAAAACUGUUUUCGUGGGUGCUUUGCAUGGUAUGAUUACGGCAAAUGUUUUAUAUUCCAUCAUGGAGGAACUGUAUGGUAAUGUAGUAUUUGUUGGAAUCGAUACUGAUAAGUACAAGUACCCGAUAGGUAGUGGUCGGGUGACUUUCCGUUCUCAUUCGUCAUACUUCCGAGCCAUUGAAUCUGCUUUUCUUGAAAUUAAAACAAGUAAAUUUGGUAAGAAGGUUCAAAUUGAUCCUUUCCUGGAGGAUGCUCCUUGCAUGAUGUGCAACAGAGUACCUGGACCCUAUUUUUGCCGCGAUCGGGCUUGUUUCCGUUAUUUCUGUCAUACUUGUUGGCAGUCUCGCCAUACACGCGGUUCUGGAUUUGAUUUACAUCGACCACUGAUGCGAAAUGCUCCUCGUAUCCCAACUAUCAUCGAGGAAGAUUAUUUUUCUGGACCUCCUCGUUAUACUCCACAACUUUUUAGAAGUCUCCCCUUCCAGUCCCGCAAUGCUUACUCUCCAAAAUAUUCACAUAAUAGAGGUAACUCAAACUCUCAACACUUCGGCUCAGGCCACUGCCUGAAUGGAAACCAACACGCCCUCAGAUUUUACUAG